GACCAUUAUUACAUGUAUUACAGUUAUCACUUUAUCAUCUGUGAACCUACGUUAUACAACUUCUGAAUAAGGUUGGAUACUUGCACCAUAUAAGACUAAGAUGAUAUGGUUUUUUAUGGGUUAAGAGAGCAUUCUAAGCAUGUACUUGGAUUAUUGCAUAUUUGCAUCUUAAUGACACAAAAUACCAUGUUUAUUCAGAUGAACAUGCAUAUGGUACAAGUCAAAAUGUACAAAUUACCUAUUAAUACAUGUGCUACAGCAGUGGAAAGAUGCAUGCAUCACUGCUUUAGAUACUGAUGUAAUUGGUGUAUUCCUACAUAUUUCUUAGUUUAACAGUGCUGACCAAACAUGUAGGAAAGAACAAUUGCAUCACAUGACAUAGUUGAAAAUUUGUAGAUUUGGUUGGAGAUAGAAAACAUGAAGAUUUCAAUUCAAUUACAGAUCUUCUCCAUUGUGUAGAUGUGCAUGAGGACUUGUAAGCAUGGUGCUAUCUUAUGAAGAUAUUGACUUAUUUCUGAUUGUUCUACUGAUAUUAUGAUUGCCAGUUUAGCAUAGAUUCUGAAAUUUUUUAUUCAUGAAAGACUUACAUUAAGGCUUGUCUAAGAUUUAUCUCAUUUUCAUCUAUGUUUAAUUUCUUUUGUGCCUAACCCAGUACUUGGGUGAAACAUUUCUAUGUGUAUAUCAUAAACAUAGACUAAUAAAAAGAAUUAGAUUGAAAUAAUUUCUAUCAUCAUUAUGCAGGUUUGAUAAUCUUCAUGGUCAGCACCAUCAAUGUCAUUACUAUCAUCAUAACUAUCAUCAUCAUCAUCAUCCUCUUUCUCAUCAUCAUCAUUGAUCAACAUCACCAUGGUUCUCCCAUCAUAUCAUUACCAUUUUCUAUUGAUACUAAUAUAUAUAUUUAUCUCUGCAUUUUUGUAAUCAUAUGUUCUCUUUAACUUUCAGCACUGGAUACGAAGAAUGUACUUGUAAAGAAGCAGGUUUUUGAGCUCCUAUCUGCCCUCUGUGUCUAUACUCAUGAUGGAUAUGAACUCGCUGUGGACGCAUUGGAAGAUUACAAGAUGCAGAAGAACCAGCGCUACCGGUUCAGUCUCAUCAUUAACGAACUCAAAACGGCCGAGAUCUUGCCUUACAAGUCAACUCUUCUAGGUUUCAUCAAUGCCCUGCUGAUUGCCACAGCGGACUUUGAUGCUCGGAUUCACAUGAGAAAUGAGUUUAUAGGACUCCAGCUGCUUGAUAUCCUUACAGAACUCAGGCUUGAAUCAAAUGAAGGAAGGCAAAAUAACUCUGAAGACAAUGAGCUUUCCAUCCAACUAGAUGUCUUUGAUGAACAGAAACUAGUUGAUGAUGAGGAGUUAAUGACCUAUUAUCCGGAUGAUGGAGUCGAUCUCAACAGCCCUGUUGAAUGCUUCCAUGCCAUCUUCAAGAAGGUUGGUAACACUCCGCAGGCAGCAUCACUUCUGUCCAUUCUCCAUGCCUUACUCCAAUUAGAUCCUGAUGACCAGGUUUCUGAUGAGCUCUGGGACCUCACAGAUCAGUUAGUCAAUCAAGCAACAGCCCUUGACAAUGCUGAACAUAUACAUAGUAUCUUGACAAAAGGAAUCACAGACAUUAUUCUUCUCUUGAGAAAAGGGGUAGAUCCAAUUACAGAGAAACCAGCAGUGCCCGUUCCAACAGUUGCUAAAGUGGACAAAGAGAUCCAGACCGAUGCUGUCAAAUUUGUUGAUCCAAGGACUAGUGCAGAAGAUGUGAUUUUGGCAAGAACUGAAGCCACCGUUUCAAGUGCUGCACCUCCACCACCUGCGCCACCCCCACCUCCACCUCCUCCAGGGGUUGGUGCUCCCCCACCUCCACCACCACCACCGCCGCCACCAUGUCCUGGAGCAGGUGGCAUGAUACCACCACCUCCUCCUCUUCCAGGUGGUCCUGGUAUCCCCCCUCCACCACCACCCCCACCACCUCCAGGCAUGGGUGGGGCUGUACCUCCUCCACCACCUUUUACAGGAGGUGUACCCCCACCUCCUCCAUUACCUGGUGGUGCCCCGCCUCCUCCUCCUCCACCCUUUCUGGGCGGUGGUGUCCCUCCCCCUCCACCAUUCCCAGGGGGCGGUCCUCCACCUCCCCCUCCCAUUGGAGGAAUGGGUGUCCCUCGCCCCCCUGGACCACCGGGCAUGUCUUUGUUCAGUGCUGUGGGUGUUGCUAAUGCUGCCUCAGGACCUCCAAAGCCAAAGAAGAAGAUGAGAACUGUGAACUGGUCUAAGAUACCACCAAACAAGAUCAUGUCACAACCAAAUAUGAAUGUUGGACCAGGUAGGAACAUUUGGCGUCAGAUCAGUGAGCAUGGAUCCUCCAAGAUUACACCAGAGUUUCAGAGUAUAGAAGAGCUCUUCUGUCAACAGGAGAAGAAGGCUAAAGAUGAAGCCGACAAUGCAAAGAAGAAAAAGAAAGCAUCUGCUGAGAUCAAUCUUUUAGACGGCAAGAGAAGCCUGAAUGUGAACAUCUUCUUGAAGCAGUUCCGGAUGCCUAAUGAAACAAUCAUCCAACUCAUCAAAGAUGGCAAUGUUGAAGGGUUCGGAGGAGUGGAGAGGCUCAGAGGGCUUAUGAAACUCCUUCCAGAAAAAGAUGAGUUGCAAAUGCUAAAGGCCUUCGAUGGUGACAAAACAAAGCUAGGAGCGGCUGAGAAGUUCUACCUUCAGUUAUCAGAGUUACCAAAUUAUGCACUUCGUAUUGAGGGUAUGAUGAUGAAAGAAGAACAUGCAGCAGCCAUUGAUCAUUUGAAACCAGCCAUUAACAUUACUGCACAAGCUUCGAAAGAUAUUCUUGAGAGUGAAAAGCUGGAAGAAUUCUUAGCUCUCAUCCUUGUCACAGGAAAUUUCAUAAAUGCGGGUGGAUAUGCAGGAAAUGCAAUGGCCUUCAAGAUAUCUUCCUUACUGAAGCUCCAGGACACCCGGGCCAACAAGCCAAGGAUGACCCUCAUGCAUUACUUGGUGGAGAUGGCCGAGGAGAAGAAUCCUGAUCUCCUUACUUUCCCAAAUGAGAUGAAGAACCUGUCUCAAGCUUGCAAGCUCUCAGUAGACCACUUGACCUCAGAAGUUAAACUACUUGGCAAGAACCUUAGUAAGAUAGAGAAACAAGUUGAUACAGCUUCAGAUGACAUUAAAGAACAACUUGUUCAAUUUCUAAAAACUGCCCAGGAAGAAGUUAAAGAACUUGAGGAAGGUCUAGCAAAGAUUGAGAUUCUCUCACAAGAACUAGCCACAUACUUCUGUGAAGAUCAGAAGACCUUUAAACUUCAAGAAUUCCUGCAAAUCUUUGAAACCUUUGCCAAUCGCAUCAAGCAGUGCCAGGAUGAUAAUGAAAAGAGGAGGAUAUCAGAAAAGAAAGCUGUACAGCGGAAGAAGCAAAGGGAAGAGAUGGAGAAGAAGAAAAAGGCAAGGGAAGCUGCAGGAGGAGUACCUAGUGUUGGUCUGAAGGCACCAGAAGAAGAGGAAGAUGGAUGCCUUAUAGAUAAUCUACUGAAGGAUAUCAGAAAGGGCUUUGUUUUGAAGAAGACCAGGAUGUCAGAUGAACCUAUCCCUUCCCAGAGCCCUAGUAAGGGAAAGAGGAGAUCUUUACGCCUGAGGUCAACUGCUUCAAGUAUAUCAAACCUCAGUAGGAAAGGAAGCAGGAAAAAGAAACAGGACGAUGAACUCAGUACUAGCGAUAGCCUCAGGUUGCCUAGCGUAGCAUCCAUCAAAGAGGAAGGUGGCAGAAAGGUUGAAGGGUCUCAGGGCAUUGAGGUAUCUGAUAGUAAAGAGAGGGGUUCAGAAUCGGUUGAAGGGGCUCCUGAAGCAGGGAAGAUCACAACUGAGAAUAAGAUUAAUGGUAACAUUGGGGUUGAUCUUACAGAAACAAAAACAAAGAGUAACAGUGAAAAGUUUAAGAAGGUUGAGACACUUUCAAAUUGUAAAGGAAGUAGCAAAAGUGAAGCGAAAGAAGAUUCAUCAGACUUUCGUACCCCUGAUAUGCAUGGUUUUACAGGCAGCUACUUGAAUGGGGAAGGGACAGGAGAGGUAGAUCGACCACCUCUCAUAGAAGCCAUGGUGAUUGAUGAGAAACAGAACACUAAACCUGUUGCUAUGAGUGCAGGUUCAGUGAUGGCAGCCAUUAGUGGUGGUAAAGAUACUGUAAGUGAUGGGAUGGCAUCGACCACAAGCGAUGUCACUUCGUUAUCGAUGGAUGAAAGCUGCACAUCGACUCCUGCUGUAUCACGGCGGGAGGAUGAAGCAGGGAAUGGAACAAGUGGUGUUAAAUCAGAUGAUGUAUUGGAAGAAAUUGAUGCCCUUUGUUUGCAAGUCGAUGCAGAUAUUAAAGAGAUGAAGAGGAGAUCAUUUAUCGAUGAGUCGACAACUGGAAAUAAUGUGGUUACAGAGAACGGCAGUGAUGUGCAGGAUAUAAAUGAGAAUGGAAAUCUGGGUGUAUCUCUCAAUGGCCAUCAUGGAAAGGAAAGCAGUGAUACCAUGUCUUCACCGUUGUUGAGUGUUGGUAUUCCUUCCACAACUCAGGACGACAUUACCUCUUCCAGGGAGAAGAGAAGCUCUACUGGAUCAUGGAUCUCAGACAUCAGGAAUUCUAUUCGAGGCAAGAAGACUUCAGCCUCCUCCCUCCAACCAGAGGAGAUAUUACAAGAGCCGAGGAUGAGCGAGAACAUUGGUAGCGAUGGAGAAGUCAACUCUGUGAAUUCUUCCCCAUCUAAGGAUUCUAUGAGCAAGAACAGCAAGGGUAGGGAAGGCGAUGAUGAAUGUGAGACGACAACUGAUUUAGACCUGAUGAUUGAAGAUCUGGAGGAGUUCAUCAGUGUUAGUUAUCGUGAUGAUGAUGAAGAUUCAAACUCAAACAACAAUAAUAACACACCACGAUCAAGCAUCGAUAUUGAUGUUCCCAAGGAAAUGGCCCUAGAGGUGGACACCAGAGAUGGCAUCCAACAGGAGGAGGAUGACGUAUUUACUCCUGAAGAAAGCCAAGAAAGUCAAAAUGCUGAAAGUGAUAGUAAAAACCAAGUGCCUAUACCCACUGAUUUAGACAAUGAAAAGUCAACAGUGUAUUGCCUCACUGGGAACAAAGCGGAUGAAGUUAAACAAAGUGAUCUUCCAACUCAGGUAAAUGAAAAUAGUCCUGCAUGUGAUGUUAACCUCCAACAAGAAAAUCCUAAAAUUGAUAAAGGACCAAAACAUGAAUCUGCUAUUCCCUCCACCCAAGAGCUUAAUGAACCAAAGUCAACAUUGUUACCUGAACAAUCCAUGGAGAAACAUCCAGAAAAAACCCCAUCGCCGAAGACGGUAUCGAAUCAGGAAGUUAAAGUUGAUGUUUCGUCUUCCCCACCUUCUUCGCCUCGAGUCAGCAUCUAUGUAAACGAAGGGGACCCACAUUUAUCGGAAGCCCCCCAUGACAGGGGAGACUUAAGUUUAGCUAUUCCAAAGACUGGUAAGCGCUCUCGUGGUGCCAGACUCUAUGCUUCCGUCUUCAAGAGACAUCAAUCUAAGCACAGGAAAGAGUAUCAAACAGGAAGCAGUGCUUCAUCGGUGAUGGGGUCUCAUUCUUCCAUUAUAGGCUUAUCACCUCCAGACAUCAUUACAGAAGCCAGCAUGGACAGUGCUCAUAAGAAAAAGAAAGGUGGGUUCUUUGGUUCAUUGCUUUCAAUUGGUAAGAAAAGCAAGAAGUACAGCCCUGACCAGAGAGCUAUAGAAUCCAGCGGAACCUUUGAACAUGACGAAGAUGAUGGGAUUGUGAAGGAGAAAAAGAAAGGAAGGUUUUCCCAUUUCAGACCAAGCAGACACAAAAACAAGGCCAAGACACAAACCUUAUAGCUUUAAUCAAGUUUUUAAUGUAUAUUUCAUAUUACAGCAAAGUCAAGGGUGUCACAUUUCUUCAUUAUUAUUGAUAUGGUAAACGAAUUUCAAGAGAGAGAAUUCAGCAGAUGGAAUAAAACUAAAUGUUGAUUGUACACUUAUACAUUUUAUGGUUGGUUAAAAUAUCUCUUUGGUUAAAAUUACCCUUACAAUGAAUUCUAACUUUUCGAACAAAAUUUUUCACAAACCUACAUCUGAAAGCAAUUAUUACAUCAACUGUAUGAUCUACUACAGCGCACAUAUUUACAAUGUGGGCUGAAGAUCAAAGAAGCUUCAUCUCACAAGUAUCAGCACCAGGUGACAAGAGUAGUCAAUGUUUUUCUUAUGACUUUUAAAAUAUUUCUGAAAAUUAAGUUCAAAUCAUUUAUCAAAACCAUCAAAAAUGUGGAAUGAAUACAUGUAUGUAUGUCUUAUGGGGUGUUUAAAAAAAAUAUUAACGAAUCUUUACAAUUUCUCUAUAAAAAUUAAAAAAAAAGGUUUCUCCGAAAGAACAUGCAAAAGUAACUCAAAGAAAAGAGAAUUUGUAAGUAGGAAAUGUUAUUUCUCAAGUUUUUAAGAGUUGGAAUAAUUAUCUUUCACAGAAUAUUCUUUAUAACUCAGGAGUAUGUUUAUUCAUACUAAAAGGUCACAUUUUACUUGCUAGUAUCCAACAUUUAUUUUAUUGUGCCGUGAUAAAGAAAAAUCACAAAAUAUUUUGACUGUAUAAGACAACAUAUGUACUGACCAGUGCCCAUGAAGAUUAUGAACUUUUCUUCUUUGGUGAUUGAUGGAGCAAACUAAAUAUUAUCACAUGAGUACUUUUUGACCAAUCAUAUUGCAGAUUUGUUACUCUGUGGGAUGUGAUAUGCUUAAAUGUAAGAUGAUAUACAAAAUAAUUUUAAUCUCUGCGUUUCAUACAACUAUUCAUUUUAUGUAAUAUUUAAAAUUCAUUGAUAACUCUGCUCAAACAGACAUCUUGAUUUAUUGAUAAAUGUGUGGAAAUCAAUAUAUUUUUGUAUAAAAAGAUAUAAAAUAUGAUAUAAUCUUAUUUUUAAUCUACUUGUUUUGAGGUUGGGUAAGUACAAAAAGUAACUGAAAUUCAUUGAAUUGCUAGAAUAAGCUAUUUAUUUUAAGUGGAUGUGGGCACAAUGAUUUAUUUAAUUUGCUAUUGAUAGUUCUCUGAAAAAAUGAUUUGUUUUAGCGUUAAAUUUGCAUGCUCUUGGCUUUUAUAAAUUUGUUGCUAAUUUGAAAUUUAAUAGAAAAUUAUGCAUAUUAUAUGAUUCCUGAUGUUAAUAAUUUUUCUUCAUGUAAUGUAUGUCAUGGAAAUAAUAUGUAUAUGAUUUGCUUGUCAAGUUGACUAACAAAGUGUAUAUAAUUCAGUUAUGCUUUCCUCCUCUUCCAAUUCCUAUCUUUCAUUUAAGUUAUGAAUUUAUUAUAAAUUUGAAAGGUCCUCACAUCAAACCUUUCAUUUAUUCUUUAUGAUGUAAUCUGAAUCAUUAAAAAAAAAUAGAAUUUACAUACGGAAAUGAAGCACAAAAUUGAUUUAUUGAUUUUUAUUGCAGUAUUGCUUCUGUGUAUAGUGUAAUUGGGUUGUAAAGUAAAACCUCCUUACUCUAUUUAUGGAUAAAGAUUGUUUUCUUUCAGAAUGAUUAACUUUUGAUAUUUACUGAAAUAAUGGAAAAAUAAAUUGAAAUAUCAAUUACUAGUAUAUGGAAAUUUUUAGAUAUAUAUUUUUUUCGAUCUUUUCAACAUCUUUUUAAAAAUCUGAAUUCAUUUACUGAAAAUAAGUAGGAAAUUGAAUCUUUAAACUACUAGAAUACUAUUAUACAAGAUCAAAUGAAAUAUUAACCUUAGAUUAAAACUGACGUAAUUUUAAAUUUUAUUAUCUUGCAUGAUUCAACUUUUGACUUUGGUUUUACACAAAUCAUGCAUUUUAUUGGUUUAUUGACCUUUGUAACCAUGUUUUCUACCCAUAAUGAAAUAUCUUUAAUUUACCAAAAGUAUGCAUUGUAUUAUAUUAUAUUGAUUUGCAAAUAAAAAAAAAAGGUUAAAAUGUUUGUUACGCUUACAUGUUUCUCCCAUUGUUUUUUGCUUAAUAAUUUUUAUCAUGAAAUUUUCAUUCAUUUAUAUUGCAAAAGGACACAAUACUAUUAAAUUAAUGGUCAAGGCUAGAGAUAUUUAUAUAAUAAUAAAUAGAGUAAAAUAUACAGAGCAAAAUGCUGAAAAUUUGAUCAAAAUUGGAAAACAAAUAACAAAGUUAUUGAAUUUUAAAAAUUUGCUUUAAUACGGUGAAACAGUUCUAGGCAUGUCUUCAUGAAUAUUCAUUAGGUGGGCUGAUGAUGUCAUAUCCCCACUUGUUCUUUUGUAUUUUAUUAUAUGAAAUCAGGUUUAUUAAAGAAUCUUAGACCAAGAACUAAAACAAUUAGAUUGACAACUGAUUAAGUGCAUUAGUUCUGCCGCAACUUAUUUCAUUAUAAUGGAGACACAUCAUUUACACAUGUAUGAAAAAAAUGAAACAAUCAUGAUUUCAUGUAAUAACAUGAGAAAAAGGGAAAGUGGGGAUAUGACAUCAUCAGCCCACCUAAUGAAUAUUGACGAUGAUGUGCACAUAACUGUUUUCGUAAAAUAUUGAUAAACUUUAAAAUUCAACAACUUUGUUAUUUGUUAUCCAAUUUUGAUGACAUUUUCAGCAUUUUUGCUCCGUGAAUUUUACUGUAUUUAUUUAGAUAUAAAUAUUUUCAGCCCGGACCAUCCCUUUAGGUUAUUCUGCCACUUGCUCUACAUGCAUAAUUUUAUCUUUCCAUUAUCAUGUAUAAAUGUAUAUUUAUUUUCAUUAUUGCAUCAAUUCCAUCAUGUUCCGUUGCCAUGAUUGUGAUUGUUUGGUUGUAGAUAAUUCAGUUGCAUUAUAUUGGAUAUAAUUGACAAUUACAGUACUGGAAUACUGUUUCUUAAUUGAGGUGUUUUAGGAGUCUGGAUAGCUAUGAAAAGUGAAAUGAAACAAAGCAAUAACAUUAAUAAGAAUUAAAAAUAACUUACAAAACAGCA